AUGCUCUUUGGUCCUCACCAGCUCUCCUCUUUCUCCAUACCCAUCCCCUCUGCAGGCGUCUUUGACAACUGCUCGCAUACGGCCAGCGAUAAGGGCUGGGCACUGGGCAUCCACGCCCUGCAGCUUGGAGGCAAGAAGGAUGCCCACUUCUUCUUCUCCCUCCGCACGGACCGGGCAGCCACUGCCACCGAGGUGACCUCCUUCCACCGCUACCACCCCGAGGCAUGGACCCACCUGGCUGCCAGCUACGAUGGGCGGUGGAUGGCCCUCUACGUGGAUGGGGCACGGGUGGGCCUUGCUGGCGGGCAGGGAGGACCUCUGCAUAGUGCCUUCAUGGCCUCCUGCCGCACUCUGCUGCUGGGGGGGGACGCCUGGGGGUCCACACACACUUUCCGGGGACACCUGGCUGGGCUGGCCCUGUGGCACGGCGCUCUGUCCCAGCCCCAUCUCCAACGUCCCUUCCUAGAGGGGCCAGCUGAUGGGGCAGCAGGGCUGGCUCUGGCCGCUGGCUUUGCCACACCAGAGGAGCACUGGGUGCCUUUUCGGGAGGGUGCCUUCCCCCAGCAGUGGGUGCUGCCGUCCCCGCCCUCCCCUGUCCUGAGGCCACUGGGACCCCCUGCCUGCGGGCAGACUGCCUGCGAUAACGUGGAGCUGGUCUCCCACUAUAACCAGCACUGGCCUCUGCGAAGCGGGAAGGUUGUGCGGUACCGGGUGGUGAACCUGGCAGAGGACAAUGGCGAGCGGCCGACCGUCAGCCGGGAGCAGGUUUGGCGACAACACUGGGCACUGAGCGAAGCUUUCCGACCUUACAACAUCUCCUGGCAGCUCAGUUUGCUGGAGGUACGCAACUCCUCCCUGCGCCGCCGUGCCAUCCUCCUGGGCUGUGAGCCCAGCAAGGUGGGCAACGAGCGCUGCGACCCCGAGUGUGAUCAUCCCCUGACUGGCUAUGAUGGUGGGGACUGCCGCCGGCCCGGCCGCUGCUUCUCCUGGAAGCGCCGUGACGGCAUCUGCCACAUGGAGUGCAACAACAUGUUGGAUGACUUCGACGAUGGUGACUGCUGUGACCCGCAGGCCACUGACGUGUCCAGGACCUGCUUUGACCCUGACUCGCCCCAGCGGGCAUACAUGAGUGUGAAGGAGCUGAAGGAGGCACUUCAGCUGAACAGCACCCAUUUCCUCAAUGUUUACUUCGCCAGUUCAGUGAGGGAAGAGUUGGCUGGUGCUGCCACUUGGCCAUGGGAUAAAGAAGCCCUUAGUCACCUGGGUGGAGUUGUCCUCAACCCUGCUUAUUAUGGUAUGCACGGCCACACAAACACCAUGAUCCACGAAGUAGGACAUGUACUGGGGCUGUACCACGUCUUUAAGGGAGUGAGCGAGCGGGAAUCUUGUGAUGAUCCCUGCAGGGAGACAACUCCGUCUAUGGAGACAGGAGACCUCUGUGCUGACACUGCCCCCACCCCAAAGAGUAAACUCUGUCGGGAUCCAGACCCUACCAAUGACACCUGUGGCCAGACACAUUUUAUGGGAACGCCCUUCAACAACUACAUGAGUUACACAGACGAUGACUGCACUAACACCUUCACCCCCAACCAAGUGGCCCGGAUGCAUUGCUACCUGGACCUGGUGUAUCAGCGCUGGGGCCAGAGCAAGAAGCCCGUGCCCAUCCCAAUCCCUCCCAUGGUCACAGGGCAGACACAGGACUCCCUCAGCAUCUACUGGCUUCCUCCCAUCAGCGGUGUCAUUCACGAGAGGGAGCAGGACACACUCUGUGACAACUGUGCGGAGGACGGCACCUUCCAUCAGUAUGUGCAUGAGGCAUCUUCCCCUCGGGUCUGUGAUUCCUCUGGCUACUGGACCCCAGAAGAAGCAGAAGGGCCCCCGGAUGUGGAUCAGCCCUGUGAGCCCAGCCUGCAGGCCUGGAGUCCGGAGCUCCACCUGUACCACAUGAACAUGACGGUGCCGUGUCCCCAGCCAGAUGGCUGCAUCCUGGAGCUGCGCUUCCUGCACCCUGUCUACCCCGAUUCUCUCACCCUCUGGACCACAUACCUCUCCACAGGCUCUCCCAAGGCGCUGUCUGACAUUGAAGUCCUGACAGAGCAGGGGGAGUCCAUCCAUCUAGGCCCCCUGGACACCUUCUGUGAUGUCCCCUUUACUGUGAAGCUCAACAUCCCUAGAAAGGUGUCCGGAGUAAAAAUCUACACCUUUGAUGAGAGGAUGGAGAUAGACACGGCCCUUCUGACCUCCAUGCCCCACAGCACUGUCUGCUCCACCUGCAAGCUGAUCCAGUACCGAGUCCUCCGUGACCCCCCAUUUGCAAAUGGAUCGCCUGCUGCCCCAGCACAGGUUCACCGCCAGUUUGUUGACAUGGAAGUCACGCCUGGGCAGGUGUACCAAUACCAGGUGCAGGCAGUCUCUGGGACAACCUCAGGAGAAGCCUCCCCACCACUUAUCCAUGUCCAUGGAGCACCCUACUGUGGGGAUGGGAAGGUGACCACGAGUCUGGAGGAGGAAUGCGAUGAUGGGGACUUGAUGGAUGGAGAUGGCUGUUCCAGGAAGUGUAAAAAGGAAAAAGGCUUCAACUGUGUCGGGGAACCAAGCCUGUGCUAUGUGCACGAUGGCGAUGGUGUGUGUGAGCCAUUUGAGAAGACAAGCAGUGUCCUGGACUGUGGUCCCUACACACCUGAUGGAUAUGUGGAUCUGUGGGCAGUGAAAGCCUAUGCCUCCCAUCAGGAGGAGGCCUGCCCUGCUUCCUUGGUCACUGGAGAGCCUGUUGUGAAGGUAUGUAAAUCCCACCUUCACUAUGUGCCAAAGGACCUUUCCCUGGCUGCAUGGUUCCCCUGCACUCCCAGCCAAGACAAUGCUCAGGAUCCAGAUGAGGAGAAGAUGCCCUUGGGCGAUGAGGGAGUUUGGCUCAAGGUGUGUUUUGAGAGACCUGCAGUGCCCACCUCCCUCCUGGUCUUCCUGGCCUCCGAUGGCACCAUCCCAAGCAACCAGCACAAGCCAAGGGUCAAUGUCCAACUGAGUUACAUAGAUGGGCUGAACCGCUCUUUGGGGAUGUAUGAGCUGUCAUGCCAGCACAACCCCCUUGUCAUCAACGUGACCCAUGGCCAAGAGGUCCUACACCACCGUGCUGCUUCAGUGCUGCUCAACUUCUCCUCCCCACUGGUGGGCAUUGCAGCUGUGGCCUUGCGGACCUCAGCUCAGCCUGGCUUCUCUGACCCCACCAUGUGCCUCCUGCAACACAAGGAGGGACACAGCCAUCAGUGCUACAGCUGUGUCCAUGAUGCCUGUGCAGGAUCAGGAAGGUGCACGCAGCCGCUGCUUGCUCAUGCUGCCACCCUCAACUGUACCUCUGACAGCCCAAGACACAUGGCAUGCACUGUCACCUGCAAAAAGGGCUUCACCCUUGACUCCAGCAAUGGGAAGAGCCUGCGGUCUGUGCAGCAGGAGGUGGUGCUGAUGUGCAGCUCAGGAUGGUGGGACAGAUCUGUGACUUGUGAGGCUGUCGACUGCGGUGUUCCUGACCAGUCUCACGUGUACUACGCCAAGUUCUCCUGCCCCAAGGGAACCACCUACCUGCAGAGAUGCUCAUUCUCCUGCAUCCACCCAGCCAAGCUUCAAGGAACAAACCAGUGGCUGACCUGCCUGGAGGAUGGCCUCUGGUCACUCCCUGAAGCCUACUGCAAGCUGGAGUGCGAUGCUCCCCCCAUGGUGGCCAAUGCCAAGCUCCUGGUCCCACGGUGCCUUCAGGGGAACCAUGAUGUGGGCUCGGUCUGUCGCUACAAGUGCAAGCCUGGAUACCACGUGGCCGAGAACACAGCAGGCAAGCCUAAGAAGAAGUUCCUGAAGGUCCAGUGCCUGGAGAGUGGGCAGUGGGAAACAGGGCGCUGCAUUCCCGUGGUGUGCGAGCCACCCCCUCCUGUCUUCGAGGGCAUGUACAACUGCACCCAGGGCUUCGAGCUGGACAGCCAGUGCGUCCUCAACUGUGAGCAGCGGGGACAACAGGUUCCCAUUGUCUGCACCAAGGAGGGCUUAUGGACAGAGGAGUUCAAACUGUGCGAGAGCUUACGAGGCACCUGCCCACCACCCCUGGAGCUGAAUUUUGUGGAGUACAAGUGUGAGCAGGGGCACGGCAUAGGUGCUGUGUGCAUACCUUCCUGUAUCAUACCUCCCAGUGACCCUGUCAUACUGCCUGAAAACGUAACUGCUGAGACUAUGGAUCACCGUCUGCAGCCCACCAGAGUCCAGCAUAUUGUGUGCACGGGCAGGCUGCGGUGGUAUCCGGACCCCUCCGUCAUUCACUGCAUUCAGUCGUGUGAGCCCUUCCAAGCAGAUGGCUGGUGCGACACCAUUAACAACCGGGCAUACUGCCAGUAUGACGGGGGUGACUGCUGCUCCUCCACACUGUCCUCCAGGAAGGUGAUUCCGUUUGCUGCUGACUGUGACCAGGAUGAAUGCACGUGCCGAGACCCAGCGGCCGAGGAGAACCAGUAGCAGCAUCACGAAGGGCCUCUGUCAGUCAGGCGAGCACCAGAGGAGUGAAGGGGCAGUAAAGGGGCUGCUGGGAACGGCAGGGUGUGAGGGGGCAGGAAGAGUAAGGGAGAGCUGGGCAGAGGGAUGGCCACCAUGCAUGGAAGGGAUGGGUGGCUGCCACGGAGCAGACAGUAGGAUGUGGUGUGGGAGGGCAGGAGCGUAGUGGUCCCUUCCCCAUUGCUGCUCCCUCCUGAACCCCGCCAGGACACAGAGGCCCGGUGCAUGCUCGAGCGGCUCAGCCAGGGGUCCAGUACCACCUCGGCCAUGUGCUGGGCUGGGCUCCACACAGAGAGCCUGGGCACUGCCAUGAAUGUUUGUCCUGGUCUGCUUCUGAGUGUCUGUCUUUGCUCUGGACUGUGUCACUAUUCACCCCCCUCUGCUGUACAGGCUUCUUUUAGCAAGGUCGAGGUAGUUGUGAUCUCUCUGCAAAUAUUUAAACUUAAUUAUAUAUAUAUACAUAUAUAUAAUAUAUAUAAAAUAUAUAUUAUAUUUUCUUUGCUCUUGAUGAAGCUGAGAAAGGAUAUCCUUUGUCACACACCCAUGCUGCUGUGAAGUACAAACCAUUGGGAAAAGCACAGGUCGGGGUAGGAGGAUUUCCCCUUCCUUGCUGAGAGAGAGCUGGAAGGGGUAACAGAGAGAGAAGCCAAACAUCAGGCCCCGCCAGGAGAGAGGUCCCCAGGCAGGUGGCAGAGAGGCUGCAACCUCAAGGUGUUCUCGACAUCUUGCAGGCACCAAGUUUUGCCCUUGGGAUUUGCCAGUGCUUUGCCUUGCUCUGCUUAUGGCCCUGGGUCAGGAUUUUGAAGUUGAGGAGAAACUGCUGUGGCCUUGCAUCACCGCAGCAAGCACAGCAGACUUGGUGAGCACUGCUGCCCUGGAGGGCACAACAGAUGCCCGUCACCCCUUAUUUCAGAGCACUCUGGGAAGGUUUACAUGUCCAUGGGUAUUGCUGUGUGGUCAGUAGGAGCAAAGGCACAGAACGGUCCCUCUCGGCCUUGCUCCCCCUGGCCACUGCACUCCCAACUAGAUGAGGGAUAGAGUGGGCAACCCAGAGUAGCUGUGUGAUGCUCUGAAUGAAGGACAAUGAGGUGAUCCUUAUUUUCUUUCCCCACAUCUCCUUUCCAAACAUGAGUAUUGUCAGCAGUUCUCAGAGGAGACCAGACCCUGUAAUACAAGGAGAGACAGGACCCAAAAGACCUGUCAGGAGACUUUAAGCAUCAUCGUUUCCCACUGAAUUUUUCCUUAUUACUAUCUCUGUGGCUGAGCACAUGACAAUGGACAUACAGACACUGACUUUCACAAGCCUCUUGCUCCUGUAGGUACUAAGUGAAAAUCUUCAGAUUCACUUCUAGCCCUGAAGAAGCCCAGCUAGAAACUUUGCCUCCCCACCCCCACAGCUGGUUCCCAGAAGCUCAGUUUGGCAGCCUGUACCCAGCCCCAGACAGUGGGUAGGAAGGGUGCCUGGCUCCAGCUGGUGUUAUCUCUGAUGGUUUUGUGCUGCAAAGAGGCAGAGAAAAGGGAUAGAAAGAGGAGAGCAGAGCAGGAACCACAGAGUAGGAGCACGGAUUCCGGUGUCCCCAGAUGCAGCUGCAGGCUGGGACCAAGAGACCCAAGGCCACCCGGCUGUGUCCUCCUGUCGUGGCCUGUGCUGUUGGAGCCAGGCUCCAAGCCAGGGUUUGUCCGAUGCAGGAACGAUGGAGAGAGGGUGACACGGUGUGGAGAGACCGGGGAUUUUCAAGGCAUCCUUUGGCUUCCGCUAGCUUCCCCCUACCCUUUUUUGUCAGGUAUCUCCUAAAGUUAUGUUUCGCUGGAGGACAGGAGUAGGAGCAGAGGUGCCUGGACAUCCCCCCAAUAUCCAGGCAGCAGAUGCUUUGUCCUUCUCCAAGCCCUUUUCUGAUCCCAGGUGUCCCCAUCACCCCAUGGCAGGUCACCUCCUGCCUGCCCUGGUCUAGGCAGGGAUACAGCACGGGGGAUGAUGGGCCCCAUCUCCUCUUGCAGCAGGGACACAUUGGCAUUUCUGUUUCUGUCAUGCACAAGUGACAACACCAUGGGGUUUUCAUCCAAAUGCACUGUCAGUUUGGCAGAGAGCUGCAGUUUUUUGAGAGAGAUCCACUUAUCAAUCAAAAAAACCCUCAAACAACCAAGGAAAUUUAAAAAAAAAAGCCCUUUGAGACUCUUCUAGCCCCAGUGUUCCCAGAAGGUGCAUCUUGGGCAGCCUGUCCUACUCCACCACUGCAAGGAAGGGGAGAUCCAGAGGUCCUGGCACAGCGGGAGCAGGGGUCAUGGCAACCCCCGGAGGGGGGUGGGGGGUAGUGGGGACAACGUGGGAUGAAGGGUGACACUCAGAGGGAACAUUUCAAGUCCCAGCAUCUUGCCGUGCCAAACACUUCCCUGCCUGGUGUCAGUGUUACCUGAAUGCCUAUGUUUUUACCCUUUUGGCAUGAAAAUCCUGGUCUCAGCAAUGGCUCAUUCCUGCUCACCAGUGUGUACAGGGGAAGGGACCAUGCCCCAUGGAUGGGGAACUGGGGCAGGGACCCAGAGGCACUGGCUUGGCUGAUAGACAUUUGUGCUUCUUAUGAACAGAUAGCUUCUACGUGCGGAAAUAUUGUUCUUCUAUAGCGACACUGAGCGGUUUUUGUCCCCUUUACGGUUUUAUUCACAAUGGAGGCUGCUGCUAUUUUUAUUU